CACUCUCUGUAAGCGUUCUCUGACAAGCCAUUUGUACAGAGCAUGCGAUAUAUUGUAUGCCUGUGAGACCCUACACUGAUUUCGGUGAAAGCGAUGUCGUGCUACAUUUGAUAUGAUGAGAUGUGUCACACCUCUAUCUUGCGGAUAGCGCUCGGCACCAAGUGUACAACCAAAUGAUGCCUAGUCUCGUAGAAUGUUGUUCUUCAAAUAAAAGAACCCUCAACAUAUGCCAUCCUGCAAAAGCUAUGGUGUCACUAGGAUCCUUGCUGGAACUCCUGCUGGUGUUUUUUUCGUGCUACUCAACAGACUAUCAUUCAGCUCUCCCUAUACCACACAGCGGCAUCUCCAAGCAACGGAUCUAGUAUGGCGCUUGCGCUGCUCGUCGAUAGAUCUGAAUCGACAGUACGAGAGGCGACUUCAGCAAGGUGGGGCCCAAACGACGGCCUGGGUGACCCCCGCCGUAGGAGAUACCAUAUUGCUUCGACAACAGCGAUCUUUAAUCUCCUCCUGUGACCAGCCUAAAGCAAAUAAAUGGCCUUCGCAGAGAUCAGAUAUAUUUGAUCAACCAGAGAAUGAUACAAGCCUCUUCACCGUCGACGGCGACGACCAAACGACAACGCAGCUACCCCUCAGCAUUGCGUCCGUUUACUCACACCCUUAAUUGCCUGGUCCUGGUACUUCUCAGUAUCGCGCGGGAACAACAUGGAAAUCACUGUGUAUCAUAUAUAGUGCCGCAGAUUCUCCUUCCGAAGCGCCUUAUCCUUGCAGGACAGAAUAUCCUCCGUUC